GGCACGAGAUGAGAUGUGUGUCUUUUCCCCCCUUCAGUAGCGUUCGGUAAAUUGUUUGAGGUGGAGUUGAGUUGCUAAAAAAGCAAAGCCUCUCCUGCCUUUCUCGCCGUUUGUCCCUUUCGCAUAUGAACUGGUGAGCUGCAAAACACCGGGGCAUAUCUAAUCAAAGGGGCCUCCAAUCUGAGGUCAUGAAGCCUGACGAGGUCACCCCGGCUACUGAGGAGCCAAUGGAAGAGCAGGAGGCGGAGACUAUGCCUCAGGGGGAGGCGGCCACCACAGACCAGGAAGUAAUUGAUCGACCCAAAGAGGCGGAGCCUACCACAAACAAGGAAGAGGCUGUAGCACAGGGGGAUGGGCCUAGCACAAACCAGGAAGUGACUGAGGACCGAGGGGAGGAGCCUAAUGCAAACCAGGAAGUCACUGGUGCACAGGGGGAUGGGCCCAACACAAAUCAGGAAGUGACUGGUGCACAAGGGGAGGGGCAAGAUGCGAAUGCUGCGGAAGCCAAAGAAACAGAGCAGGCUAAAGUUUCGGAGAAGAAAGGGGGCGUUGCCAUGGUGUUUGUGGCCCCCACACAGCGGGCCAAUCAGGCGGCUCCUAGAGGAGGGGUAGGGGCCACGGGACGCCAGCCGGCAGGAGCGACGAGGCCGGGCGGGCCGAGGAGAGCUCCCACGACAAGCAGCGGGGCGCGGGGAGGAGCAUCAGCCUCCAGCACAACACGCAGGCCAGCGGCCACAGCUCCAAGACCGAAUGAUCCAGCUGCUAACACCACAGUCAGGCCACCAAGGCGCCCGGGUGCUGUGAACUUAUCUGCGGCUUCCUCCCGGCCGGCCUCCUCCAGGCCUACAGCAACAUCUAGUGGUGGGAGUAGCGCCACUGCAUCCUCAUCCAGGACUACAGCAGCCAGUGGCACUAGUGCAGCCACUACAUCCAGACCUGCAGCCCAGUCUAGUGCUGCUACUACUGCAUCCAGACCUGGAGCUCCCCCUCCUGGUGGCCGCAGUGCUACUACAGCAGCAUCCAGAACAACAGCGGCCUCUAGUGGAGGGACCGGAUCAGCACAGCCACCCACAGGACCUGCACGCAGAACAGAUGGCGCUAGAGCCAACCCUGCAACCAGGAGAGCUCCACCUGCUGCUGCCACCUCCACCUCUACAACGAGAGCCCGCCCUGCUCCUUCCACCACAACCACUUCCACAACACGAGGCCCUAGCACUACUUCCUCCACCUCCAGGGGUGCUAGUACCACUUCGUCUUCCACAGCGCGAGCUCCCUCCACUUCCAAUGUCUCUGCAGCAAGAGGAGCCUCUUCCACUUCCACUACCUCCACAACCAGAGGAGGCCCCACCUCCUCCACCUCCACAGCAAGAGGGGCUCCUCUCGGCACUACCACUUCCAGAGGAGCUCCGGCCACCUCGUCUUCCGCCACGACCAGAGCAGCAAGAGGCCCCGUCUCUUCCUCGUCUUCCACAGUCAGAGCUCCGCCCCCCAGAGCCACUCAAGGAGGCCAAGGCAGCGCUCCCAUUCCCACUAGGCCUGGUGCCACACGCACCAAUAGCACGCGAGCUGCAGCCACUAGCUCCUCCUCCUCCUGUGGCGCUGUUGCUUCUUCCAGAGCCCCGCCCACAGGAAGUUCCUCUGCACCAAGCAGCAGCAGAGGAAGUGCUUGUGGCAGUGACCGCCCUGCCGCCUCCGUCAAGAGCCAGACUGGGCGUGUCUUGUCGUCCCUGGCAACAACCAAGGGGGUCCCGGCGAGGCCGUACUCCUCCCCCAAGCACAAAGCAGGCCGCCCCACGCAGCCAGUGCCGCCAUUGGCUGCCAACGGGAAGCCGGCCAAGAAACCAGCCAAUGGUAGCAGGCCAGCUGAGGAGCCGACCACUUCCUCCUCUGCCGCCGCCGCCUCUGUUGUCACGGAAACGGCUGCUGCCGAGGCUGAGGUCAACUGCUGUGCUGCCUCUGUCGGAACACAGGAAGCUCAGGUAACCACGGUGACGGGAGAAGCCAUCAGAGGAGCGUCGGACCCGGAGGCCGUUGGAGGAGAAGGUUUGGAGGCGGCUGCAGAGAAACCGGCAGCCCCAGGGGGCGAUGGCGAGACAUCAGAGGGACCAGCAGCCGCGGCUGACACCAGUGAAGUAGUGGAGCAGGAAGCAGAAAGCGCUACUGCAGAGCCGCCCAUAGAGGGCGCUGACGCAGCAGGAGCAGCAUCUACUGGCUCCCCUCCAGAUCAUUACCUGGAGACAGCUGACGCUGACGUGGUGCAUGAGCCCUGUGAACAAGUGGAACCCCCUUCCAUAUCCAACCAGGCAGCCAAUGAGGAGGCAGAAGAGCGUAACCAUGGCAGCCAGGCGGCCAAUGAGAAGGAGCAGGAGGAGUCUCUGGUGUCGGAGAUGAGCGCUGAUGGAACGCAUCCCACGGAGGACGCGGGGUUAAUCGAGGCUGCGAAUGAGGAGUCUCGCACGGAGGACGGGGAGGGGUCUCGUCCUGGCUCCUCCCUCUGGAAGUCGUCUGCUGCCGCAUUGGACUCCGAAGACGCCAGCUGCAGUCAGCAGGGGGUGCUGGAGGGUACGGAGAGUACAGAUGAGCUGGGUCCUGAUGCCAGCCUGAAGGGACCCGACGAUGAAGAUGAUGAUGUUCCGUCGCACUCGGCCGGCUCUGAGAGGCUCCCGGACAUCCGCAAUGACGAAGAGGAGGACGAGGAAGAGGAGGAUGAGGAGGACAAUGAUAAUGACCGCGUGUGUGACAUGGAUGUCGGCUCGGAGCGGACGGAGGCACCUCUACGUCACCCCGCCGAUAGCGAUGAUGAAGAUGAGGAGGAGGAGGAUGAGGAUGUGGAGAUGGCUAGUGAGGCGGUUACUGAGAGCGGACUGGAGAGCUAUGGCAACGCGGAACACGACGACCAGCCGGAACUCCCCGAAGACGACGACGAUAUCAUCAUCGAUGAUAAUCACCUAGACAACCUGCAGCACCUCCACGCCCCCAACAAUCUCUUCGGCCAAUCGCAGUGGGGCCAGCCGCCUCACUUCCUGCAGCAGCCACGUCCCCUCCCAUCGGAGCCGCAGAGCCCCGACUCGGAGCCGCUGGAGACGGACACGCCCACUCAGGAGCCUGACGCGGACGCCGCCACCCCCAUGACCUCUGGAGUGACCCCUAUAGUGACCCCCAUGGUGACCUCUGGCCUCCCCACCUCAGCUGCACCCGCCCAGGACCUCCAGGCUGAGGCCCCCUCCAUGUCUACCCUGGUGCCCAGUGAGGAGGCUCCUUCUCUGGGUACGCAGCCUGCGGAGACCAGUCUCCCCUCCCCGGAUCGCGGCAUGGAGGAGGUUUGCCCCCUGACCCCGUCUGCCCUGCCCGACAUCGUCCUGGCAACCACUGGCUCUGUUGCCACGCCGACGGCAACAGCUGCACCGGCCGCCAUUGGCUCCCCGGUCUCCUCAGCCACCGAGGACGAGGCCAGUGACACAGAAGGAGAGAUGCUACUGGAGGAACCAAAACAGAAAGUCCUGGGUACCCUGGAGGAGGAAGAGGAGGAGGGGAGUUGUAUCCCAGCACCUCGUGCCCCACCGGUCCCAGAGACGGAGACGCCACCCACCAAUGGCCAAGGGCCCCCUCUGGCCUCCGAAGCCCAGCCACAGGGCCCCUGUCCUGAGGAAGAGGCCAAGGACACCCCCUUCCCACCUCCAGGCCUGGAGCAACAAGGAUACAUGCACUGCGGCAACCAAUCACCACCCACGCAGCCUGAGGAGGAGGAGGAGCCAGGAAAGCAGGGAGCCAAUUACAAGGAACCAGGAAGUGAAACAGCUAAUCGGCAAGAGUCAAAUAGCGAGGCGCCACCCAAUCAGGAGCCGACAGGAAGUGGGGAGUCCAAUCAGCUGGGGGAUCUGCAGGGCUUCCUGCAACUAUGCCCCGCCCCGGUGUUCGAUAGGCCACAGCCCUCCAAGGCGGAGUCGGAUGUCCCGCCGCAGCCGUACUUUGCCACCUUCGGAGAGGCAGGGGACGACUCGCCAGCAGGGUGGGAUGUCGUCAUGGCGAUGCCUAGGCCCCGCCUCCGUGCCUCCAGGACCAAUCAGGCAUCAGCCUCCUCCUCCUCAUCAUCAUCCAAUCAGCAUCAGCCUCAGCUCCCGCAUGGCCCCUCCCCCUCUGCUGCUGGUUUGCCGCGGCUACCGACGGGUGAUUUGCCGCCGCGUCUGGGAGGGGGCGUGGCCAACGUGCAGCUGAGACGGCUGCAGGAGCACCAGCGCCACCUGGAGGAGAUGGAGAGACUGCGGAGAGACAGACAGGAGAGGGUGAGGCAGGACGACCGGCAGGAGCCCCACAGUGAGGAGAAGAGAGAGGAGGAGAGGAGUGAGGAGCAGCAGAUCCAGAGGACAGACCUACAGGAUGAAGACCAGACGAGGAGAGACCUACGGGGUGAAGAAGAAGAAGAGGAGGAGCAGAAGAGAGACCAGUUGACCCUCCAGCUGCAGCAGCAACAGCAGGAGCUGCAGCACUGGCAACAAGAACACGUCCAUCUCCAGGAGGAGCAUCAUCUUCAUUCCCAUGGAGACCAGGUCUCCCAGCAUCAGGACCAGGCGCUUCAGCAGCAUCAGCACUCCAAUGGAAUCCACCAGCAUCAUCCUCAUCUCCAUGGAGACCAGAUGUCCCAGCAACAGGACCAGUCGCUUCAGCAGCACCACCGGUCCAACGGAGGCUCAUCCCAGCAGCAGCUCCAUCUCCAUGGAGACCAGCUCCCUCAGCAUCAGGACCACUGUAUCCAGCAGGCCAAUGGAGGCUCCUCUAAGCAUCUGGAGUUGCCGCUGGAGCAUAAGCAGCAGAUCCGCCAGUGGCAGCUGGAGCUGGAGGACCACACGCAGAGCCAGCAGCAGGCCCCACUUCCAGCCCUCAUCUCCCCCUCCGCAACCCCCUCCUGCCUGGGUACCAUCUACGAGGCCCUGGAGGCCGAAAUGGAGGAGCAGGAGGAGGAGGAGGGAGAAGGAGCAGAGGAGAGAGGAGGAGGGAGACCAGAAGAGAGAGCUGAGGACAGCAGCGUGAAUGGAGUUGGUGGUGGUCAUGAUGAUCAGAGUCACGGAGACUACACUACUACCCAGAAUUCUCUGCUUUCAGACAUGGCAAAUAGCCCCACCCCCACCCCCAGCUCCAGCUCUCCAGAGCAGGACAGCGAUGGCUCCUGUGGCCUGCAACAGCGACAGCACCACCACCUGCUGGGCCCGAAUGGUACUGCGCGACCCCCACCAAACGGCCACCACCACCACAGGGCCGGACAGGAAAUGAAUCAACCGGGACAGGAAGAGGAAAUGAUGUCACCGGACCUGGAGUGGGGCAGCAAAGCGGGACUUGUACAGCAGCUGAUCAGCCAGACGCUGCUAUUGGUCAAGGCCGGUGACGUGGGGGCGGGACUUGGGCAAGGGGGCGGCGGCACGCUGAGCCCUCUGGAGAGCAGCCAUUGGCCACAGCUGCUGCUGUCGCCGCUUAGCAACCCCAGCACCACGGCAACGGUUACCGCGGUGAGCAGCUACGCACCACAGGCAACACACGGAAACGCGCAGCCACAAGGGGAGUGGACGGUAGUGGAGGUGGAGACACACCACUGACACACACGCACGCGCGCAAACAC